UAUACCACAAAGUCCAUCCUACUGUAGCGAUAGUCAUCAACAGUAUAGUGGUCAUGUUCUUGAGAGAUCCUACCGCGAUUUAACGAGCAAGAAAGGGAGUGAUGUUUGCAUGGCGGGACAAGCAUGGCACAGGUUUUGUAGAUCCCUAUACGAGUCUUUAGCUUCCUUUCGUUGAGGGGUCAAAAAAUUCAAGCUUUGUUCUUUUCUCAUGAAUAUUUUUUCUUGGUCCUGGUCCCUUGUGUGUCUGAAGCAUCUAUCUCAUAGCUAGGAACAUUUUCAAGAGACCAGCAGAGCGGAAAACAUUGAUUUAAAACAAACAUCUCGUAUAUAACACCCAGCGUAUUCUUCUCGUCCCAGUCGAACUUCAUCCUGUGUUCUUCCCAAAGCUUCCACAGGCAUUUUCUAGUUUCUGUUCUUCUUUUUUCUUGUUGAUGGUGCCAUGCAGAUGGGUCGAUCUCCUUGCUGCGAGAAAAUCGGUCUCAACAGGGGUCCAUGGACUCGUGAAGAAGACACGCUCCUCACGCAGUAUGUCAACGAGCACGGCGAAGGGUCUUGGAGAACGCUUCCAAAGGCCGCAGGACUCCGUCGUUGUGGGAAGAGCUGUAGGCUUCGCUGGAUAAACUACCUGCGUCCCAAUCUCAAGCACGGAAACAUCACCGAAGAAGAAGACGAGCUUAUCGUCAAACUCCAUUCUUUACUGGGCAACAGGUGGUCUAAAAUAGCUGCUAGGCUCCCCGGACGAACAGACAACGAGAUCAAAAACCACUGGAACACACAUCUCAAGAAGAAGCUACAGGGCAUGGGAAUCGACCCAAACUCGCAUCAGCCGUUGGAUCAGCCCGGCGCGUCCGCCAACUUUCCACCCACGGAGAGUAAUGAGUCGUCGUCGCCAUGCAGCUGCCACCAGGACGAAAGGGUGGCGAAGCUGGCCAUGGACGACGGCGACAAAGCUCAAGUUGUAACGCAAGAAUGUUCGUCAACGCUGCAAGGUGGUGUCUUGCUUCAACCAGUCAGCACGCGAGUCAACCACUUGAUCCAGUCCGAGCACAGCUACUCGGAGAUAUCCGAUACCGCUGACAGCAGCAUCGCCCUCAAGGAUUAUUUCUUUCCGCCCGCUUUCUACUGCGAUGCCACGGGCGAUUCGAGCUUCAUCAUGGACUCGUUCCACUCGGAUAUGUCGUGGGACGUGGAGAUUGUGAGGCCCAUCGACAGCAGCGGCGUGGAAGGAUCCAGCAUCGUCCCCGGCAACACCGAUCACCUCUGGUUCUAAACGAGUUGAAAUCCUGUUGACCUCAUAAAAGUUUUAAGAGAAAGCACGCGUACUUAAUGCCU